AACGUUUCCUAAGUUGGCAUUCUCGGGCUCUGGCUUGGGUCGCCCUCCCUUUCCCAGUCCGUGCUCUGCGGAGCGCUCCGGAAGGAGAAAAACGGGGUCAGGAAAGGCCCCUGCAGUGGGAACUCGGCGUUAUUUUCCCUCUGGGUGCUCUUCCUCUUCGUAUGUCUUGUUCCCUUCUCGCCACUCCCCGUCGCCUGCUCUUUGGCUUGGGUUUUUCUUGGUAUUUGUGGGGCCCUUUUCCUUCGGUGUUUGGCGGUCCAGGUUAUGGGGGGUGUGGAGGGGGAAGAGGUGGGCUGCUGGGGGAUGCCAGCAUUGAUGGUGGGAGGUCUGGCGAGGCGAGGAGGUGAGGUGAGGUGCGGGGCGUUCACGUUUGGUGGGAGAGGAAGGACAGCGUCACUCGCUACGUCCGAGCCGCGGCGACAGCCUGAGGAGGUCUGCGUCACACCUGGGAAGGGAGGGCGGGUGGUUGCAAGCUACUCCUCUGCACGUUCCGCGGACCAACUUUGGUUCCUCCAGCGUAUAGGUGGGCUGAGCCUUCAGCACGCUUUAAGAGCUGGCGGCAUUUGACACCGUCGACUUGCGGAGUUGACCUGGAAACCUCUCCUUGGCCACUGUCCUUUCUAAGGAACUCAUUUCCACAGUGCACCUGCACAGAACUGGUGGGGGAGCCUCUAGGAGCAGAGAAAAUGGCCGUCUUCAGGCAGCUGUCCCUAGGCGCGAAGGCCACGCUGGCUGCCGUCACUGUCUUCGUGUCCAUGAUCGCCUCCCGCUCUUUUCUGGCAGAGAGCCUUGAGCUCAGGGCCUGGCGUUGGCUGCUUCGCUUGCAGCUUGCCCUGUUUGUCAACUCGCUCAUGCUCAUUGGCUCCCUCUACAUUUGGCGCAGCACGGUCAGCAACCUCUGCCACUCCCCAGCUGCGGAGUCAACCUGUUUUCAGCUUUGGAAGGUGGUAGUUCUGGCGUUUCUGGCCCUGGCCCAUUCCAGUUUCUUCACCAUGUUCUUUUUAGUGGCCGAGGAGCCUUAUCUCUUUUCCUUGGUAGCCUACUCCUGCCUGGGUGCCUACAUCAUCAUGCUCUUCUUCCUCUGCAUCCUCAGCGGCAUGGAACAGGCCUGCCAGCUCUUGGCCUGGCGCAGUGGUAGGGUCAUGGGCAGCCUUGACAAGACAAGGAAGCUGGUGCUCAGGCCUGCCUUGGCAGUGGGAGUGACGGCUGUGCUUAGCGUGGCAGGGAUUCUGAAUGCCGCACAGCCCCCGGCUGUGAAGACUGUGGAGGUGCCCAUCCAUCAGCUGCCCACCUCAAUGAACAACCUUAAGAUCGUGCUCCUCUCAGACAUUCACUUGGGCCCCACAGUAGGCAGGACCAAGAUGGAGAUGUUUGUGAGGAUGGUGAAUGUGCUGGAACCGGACGUCACAGUGAUCGUGGGUGACCUCUCCGACUCGGAAGCCUCGGUCCUGCGGACAGCUGUCGCUCCUCUGGACCAGCUUCAGUCACGUCUCGGCGCCUACUUCGUCACAGGCAAUCAUGAGUACUACACGUCGGAUGUCAGCAACUGGUUUGCACUGCUGGAGUCCCUGCACGUCCGGCCUCUUCAUAAUGAGAACGUGAAGAUUUCCGCCACCCGGGCCCAACAUGUUGGUGGUGGCAGUGGCGGUGGGAGUGAGGAUGAGGACUGGAUCUGCCUGGCUGGGGUGGAUGAUAUUGAAGCAGACAUCCUGCACUACUCUGGCCACGGCAUGGAUCUCGACAAGGCCCUGGAGGGCUGCAGCCCGGACCACACGAUCAUCUUGCUAGCUCACCAGCCUCUGGCUGCCAAGAGAGCUCUCCAGGCUCGGCCAGAUAUUAACCUUAUCCUUUCUGGGCACACACAUGCUGGGCAGAUCUUCCCCUUGAACGUAGCAGCCUAUCUCCUGAAUCCCUUCUUUGCUGGUCUCUACCAAGUGGCCCAGGCCACGUUCGUAUAUGUCAGCCCAGGCACAGCCUACUACGGGAUACCCAUGAGGUUGGGUAGCAGGGCGGAGAUCACAGAGCUCAUCCUGCGGCGGGCUCCCUGAACUGGCCCUGCCCUGCAUGCCUCUGCCCUGCCCUUGCCCCCGCCCUCGACCCUCCGUCCUGCUUCAGAGUGGUUUGCCUGCUUUUCCCCCCCAGCCUGGUCCACCCAGCCUUGCUCACACACGCUCGGUCACAAGCCUGACUCAAACGGUGACUUAUGGUGGGGCUGCCUGGCAUUUUCAGGCUGGUUCAACCGUUUCCUUGGCCAGUUGCUUUUUUUGAUGCACUUGUAAGAUCACUAAGGUCACAUAUGUGAGAACUCCCCGCUAUUUUCAAGAUUGCAUGGGAUGGGGACCUUCUCCUGCAGAGCUCCCAGGGAUGAACCUCCCCUCGGGGUUGCUAAAAAGGAAUCCAUUUAGAAAGCAGGGCCGGGGGGAGCAGGAGCAUUUUCCUCCUGGUGUUUUAAAACUGUCUUUAGGACUUAGGUGGUUUCCAGAAUCACUGAUUCAGAGCCUUUCUGGGGAAGGGGCAGUGUCGCCGCAUAAUUUGGGAGAAGAGGCAAGAUGGGAGGGCCCUCUGGCUGCUGGAGAGGAAUAUUUUCUUUUCCUCUGGUUCUAUCAGGAUCACCUCUAUGGAGGGCAUCAGCAUCGUCCAUCGGAAUGCGAAGCUCCUCCUGUUCUAGGCCUUGAGGGAUGCUGUGUAACUGUGCUCCUGGGCCUUUGGGGCAAGGUCGGGGGAGAAGAACAUUGAGCGCCACGUGAUGGUGGGAAUGUUGCU